AGGUAAAAUGAGGAGUUUGUUCGUUUUAAUAGUGCUGGUUGCCAUCAUUGAAGUCACAUUUUCGUACCCUAGAAAUACAGACAUGUUACCAAAAAGGGAUAUCAAACCCGAUUGGGAAGAUUUAGGAUGGGCAUGGGGUAAACGUAGCUCACCAGACAGCACGUUCCCGCGACGGUUUCUACGAUCUAUGCAACUGGUGAAAAAGACUCCUGACUGGCACGAUCUUGGCUGGACCUGGGGGCGUCGAUAGAAUGUUCCAAGAUGGGAGUGAAGAUAUUUAAUUUACGCACACACAACACAUGCAUGCCUACCGUAAUCCAAUGGAUCUAAAGCGACUCUAAAUUGCUACGCCGUCGCCGCCACCGUAUUAUUUGUCAUAUUGUCGCAUUUCAUUUGAUAUAGUACAGCCAGCAUAUAUAAAUUAUCGUUGUUGUCGGAUAAAUACAUGUUGUAGAAAAGAGAGACCAUUCAUUCGUUAACCACG